AUGACAAACUCAAAAAACUCGGAAGAAAAAAUUAAUGUUCAAGAAAUUAAUGAAUACUUAGAUGACUUUCUUCAAACUUCACAACCAACUUAUGAUCCCACUACAACUGAAACAAUUGCUAAAGAAAGUUCAGGAUUUCGUCAUACUUCUCCUUAUCAAACUCCCUCCACUAAUUCAAAUAAUUCAAAUUCUAUAAAUUCUUCCAAAUACAAUAACUUGACAAAUUCAUUUCGCGAAUUUUUUAAUGAUCCACUUAUUUUUAUACAAAAGUUUGAAAAAAAGUCUGUAUCAAUCUCUACUAAUAAAACUAACAAUACUUUAGAACAUGAUUCUUAUAAUAAAGAAAAUUUAGUGAACACUUUAAAUGAUGAAAACUUAAACAAAAUAGAUUCAAGAAAACAACAACAUAUUCGUAAUAGAGAAAUGAUCAAAGAUUUGGGUCAAGGAUAUAUGGAUAGGAAAAAAGAAAUUUAUGAUGCAUCAUUGAUCAAUUGUGCAGAAAUUCAUUCAGAAUUAACAAAUUGUUUUAGAAAUGGAUCUUUAAAAGAAAAAUUAACAUGGUGUAAUGAUGCAAGAACAAAAUUUUGGAAUUCGUACAAUAAAACAGAUGAAGAAAAUGAAGAAAUUUUAAAUAAAGCGGAUAUUCGUUUUCAACAAGAACUUACGUCUAACUUUGAAAAGUAA